AGUUUUUUAUGCUUAGGGUAAUUUCAUUAUCAUGAACAGUAUUACUCUUGCCUCUCUUCAAUUGUUGAGAGAAAAAAUGAAAAAACAUCCGAACCUUUGUUUUGUUACGCCUACUUUGUUGGGUUUAGAACAACAGUUGCAAAAUGAAUUACCUGUUAAGAUUAAAUCUUUAUCAAUUAAAUUGGAGUCUAUGCAAUGCACAGGUUCUUUUAAAGCAAGAGGGGUUCUUUCUCAAUUUUUGGAAUUGUCUUCUGAAGAUUGCAAAAAUAAACGAAUAUUAGUAACAAUGUCUGCAGGUAACUAUGGAAAAGCUUUUGCUUACAUAUCAGGUGUAGAAAAUAUGCCAGCUGUAGUAUGCAUGCCUGAAAGUGCUCCUGAAGAUCGUAGAGAGACUAUUAAAUCAUUUGGAGCUAAAGUUUUAUUAUGUUCAAGUUCUGAACUAAUGGACACUGUUAAUAAUCAUGUUAAAAAUCACAACAGUCUUUUUUUACACUCCUUCGAUGACAUUCAGUUAAUAAAAGGACAUGCCAGUGCUGGUUUGGAGCUAGUUGAGCAGUUGCCAAAAGAACCAGAUAUAAUUGUUGUUUGUUGUGGAGGCGGUGGUUUUUUAGCUGGAGUAUCUCUUGCUGUACGACUUUAUGGGUGGACUUCUACAAAGAUAUAUGGUGUUGAACCAGAUGCAGCGCCUACAAUGUAUGAAGCUAUAAAAAAUGGUAAAAUACUUGAAACUAAAGUUAGAGAUACUAUAGCGGCUGGUUUAGCACCUCCUUUUGCUGGAGAGAUCUGCUUUAAUAUAGUGAAAGAGCAUGUCAAUGGUAUUUUGUUGGUUACUGACGACGAAAUAAUAAGAUCAAUGGCUUUGUUGUAUAAAAUUGGGCUUGUUGCAGAGCCUUCUGGAGCGGCCUCGUUUGCCGCCCUUCUUUCAAAUAAAAUUCCGGAUUGUGAGCAUAAAGAUGUGGUGCUGAUUUUAACAGGUGGAAAUAUAACUUCAAAUGCUUUAAAAUCGCUGUUAAAUCCAUCGUAGUUGGUGUUUUUAUUUUUAUUUCUAACAUUUGGAAGUAUUAAAUUGUAAAAGAAACAUUUUCGUUAAUGGUUAAUGGUGAUAAUGGUGGUCGAAGUGGAUAAUAAUAAUAACGGUGAUAAUUGUAGUUGAAGUGUAAAAUAAUAGUAUGCUCAUAUUUUUUUUUUUUUUUUACUUUUCUUUUAUUAAAUUUAUUUCAGAA